AAAAGUGAACGGAUUAUCCUUUCAAAAAAUAUUUAUAUACAAGGAAAUAGAAUAAAAAAGGAUGUCUGCAAAUUCCACCGAUAUCAAUAAUUUAUCAACAAUAAAUGAUGAUUUAAUUAUUGACAUUGACGACAUUGACGACAUUGAUGAUAUAGAAAUUCAAGAAUUAUUAAAAAACGCAUCAGAACUUCUUGAAGAAAUAUACAGGACCCAUCCAAAUAUAGCAGAAAUAGCUUCAUCAUUAACAGUUAGUUCUCAAGAAAUCGAUAAAGAUCAAGCUCAAAUAUUUCUCGAAUCAUUACGAGAGGACGAAAAUGAAGAAAAAGAUGAAGACGUCAUUUUUGUAGAAGAACGUUCUGCUCGAGAUUGUUUGAAAAUGAAAAAAGUUGAUAAAAGUGUAGUGAAAACAGAAUUAAUUUGUUCCAUUUGUUUGGAAAGUGUAUCAGGUCGACAGCCCACUUCAACUUUGUGUGGACAUGUUUUUUGUGAAGCUUGCAUAUUGCAUGCCAUCCAACUCACUAAAAAAUGUCCACUUUGUAAUGCCAAGUUAGAAAAUACUAAUUUGCAAAGGCUGUACUUUUGAAUUCAUUUCCAAAUGUUAUCUUUUAUUUUUGUACCAAAUUUUU